AUGCUCCAGAAUCGCAAACUCAGACAUCUUCACGGCAUAUCCGUCCGCAAUUUGGUCGUUACACCCCCAAGAAACCGAGUACGCGGUAAGACCAUUGAUGACGACGACAUCCCGAACGCCUUGACAUCACCCUCGAAGAUCCUAGCGCAAAAUGAUAGCCGUCCUUUACAUCCUUCGCGAUCCGUUACUGAACUUCAUUCACGCGCAAAUCAACAAAGUAAUGCGGAACCUAAACCUGACAAACGCGAGUCGCGUCGACGAAGUCUCCUUCCAUGGAAUGAUCCCAAUCCUCGAACGAGACAGGUGAGCUUGGAAGACAUCACCAAGAGCCGAAUGGCGGACACAUGGGUCUCUAUUCACUGUGACGGUGUUCAUGAGCCGGUUUACAUCAGCGAGGUGGUGAACAAGGCUACCAACCCAAGCUUUCGUUCUUUUGACCUGAACUUUUGUGGGCCUGGGGUUUCUCGAAGGGACACAUUGACUUUGAAACUUUGGGCAAAGACAGAUGAAAUGACCGAGUAUAUCCUGCUUGUUGAGCUGCAGCUUCAUUUACGAUCGCUCCAAUUCCUGGGCAAAACUAUCGAAAGCUUCCAUCACCCCCUCCCUGCAAACUCUAUCUUGUUUCAUUUUCCCGAUGGAGUGUACACCAAUUUCACAGAUCUUCCAUCGGUCGAGCCUCCUCUCGGUGGCGCUGGUCAUCGAGCUAAUACUGGAGCUACGCUGUCCACAUCCUCGUACGACUCUUUGAUGCGAUUGGCAAACCUAGACGAAUGUGUCCAGGAUGCGCUGGCGACUCGAGAGAAGCUAGAGGUACAGAUUUGUGAUAUACUCAAGAAGAACGAAGAUGCAUUAGCUACUCAGAGCGAUGCCGCCAAGGCGCAGGAUCGCCUCGCCUCAAUCAAGCAAGCCAUUGCAAUCGAGCGAAAGCAAAUCCGGGCAUCGGCCAGGCGCAAAGCAGAUCUCAUUGCAAGCAUCAAAUCUCGAAAAGAGGCCAUGGACCAGGGCAGAACUGCCCAGGAGAAAGCUCGGAGUCAUCUUCCGGAUGCUCAAGAAAAGCUAGUCUCUAGCGAACAGCUGCUCCAUCACAACUCGGAAGACACGAAGGGUCAGAUUCGGCGUAUUGCCGAAGAUUUGAUGAAUAUCUAUCCCAUUGAGCCCAUUCCAGAUAAAACACUGGCUUUUACCAUCGCGGGACUGCCGCUUCCCAACUCGGACUUUGAUAACAUCGACCGCGAGGUGGUCGCAGCGGCAUUGGGCUUUACGGCCCACCUAGUAUACCUGCUCUCAUUCUACUUAUCGGUGGCUAUUCCUUACCCGGUCAGCCCAAAUCAGUCUAUCUCCUUAAUUCAGGAUCAAAUAUCGGCAGAUCUCCCGCAGCGCGUCUUUCCUUUAUACCCGGUCAGCGUUCAUUAUCGAUUUGAAUAUGCCGUCUUCCUCCUGAACAAGAACAUUGAGUUUCUGCUUAACAAGACUGGUAUUCGCGGCUUGGAUAUUCGACACACCCUCCCCAAUCUCAAAUAUCUUCUCUAUAUUCUCACUGCUGGUACACUGGAAAUCCCUGCCCGUAAAGCAGGCGGCAUUCGUGGUCUCCUCAGGGGGGAACUGACUCCGAAUCCAUCUCGUCGAGGAAGCACUGAAAGUGCGGCAUCUGGUGAAUUAGUCUCAUCUCGGAAGGCAUGGGACUUGGUCUCAAAGAUGAACGGAAGCCUUGCUUUGGAUCAGGGGACAAAGCUCGCUCAACCGGCAAAUCAUCCGCUGGCGUCGCGCGUUGCUUAG